ACUGUUUGCCUGCGAGACAGUGGGAUUGCCUGAUCUGACGUUUAAAUUGUCUUCCUCAGAGUGCUGGUCGCAGGCUACAAGCGAGGAACAAAUGCACUCGGCUUUGCGCUAUGUAUCUGGCUGAAUCUUCGCCGUGAGAGGACGGGCCAGCAGCAGCGAGGGGGAGACAGACGAGAGAGAUGGCUUCAAGCACAACAUGGCUCAAAAGUCCCACCGCGUCCAUUGCAGUCCCGUCGCCUCGGAAGGUAAUCUUCUGGACGUUCCUCGUCGCCUGUUUCACACCCUGCUCCAGCAAAAAUGAAGAUGAAGACUAUGAAGACUUGACGCUUAAUAAAACAUGGGUACUGACUCCGAAGAUUUAUGAAAGCGAUGUCACUCUUAUUUUGAACAAUUUAUUGAAAGGCUAUGAUAACAAACUCAGGCCCGAUAUAGGAGUGAAGCCUACCAUUAUUGGCACCGACAUGUAUAUAAACAGCAUUGGACCAGUGAAUGCGAUCAAAAUGGAAUAUACCAUUGACAUCUUUUUCGCCCAAACGUGGUAUGAUCGGCGCCUGAAAUUUAAUGGCACGAUGAAAGUUCUUGGCCUCAACAGCAACAUGGUAGGGAAAAUCUGGAUACCUGACACAUUCUUCAGAAAUUCAAAGAAGGCAGAUGCCCACUGGAUCACUACCCCAAAUCGAAUGCUUAGGAUUUGGAACGAUGGAAGAAUAUUAUACACACUAAGGUUGACCAUUGAUGCAGAAUGCCAGCUUCAACUGCAUAACUUCCCAAUGGAUGAACACUCCUGUUCACUGGCGUUCUCAAGCUACGGCUAUCCGAAAGAUGAAAUAAUAUACCAGUGGAAGCAAAGUUCAGUUGAGAUUGGCGACACUCGCUCUUGGAGACUGUACCAGUUUACUUUCAUUGGAUUGCGAAACACCACAGAGUUUGUGAAGACAACUUCAGGAGAUUACGUUGUAAUGGCAGUGUACUUCGAUCUGAGUAGAAGAAUGGGGUACUUCACCAUUCAGACCUAUAUCCCUUGCACAUUGACUGUGGUUUUAUCCUGGGUCUCAUUCUGGAUCAAUAAGGAUGCAGUACCUGCAAGAACGUCAUUAGGCAUCACAACUGUCCUGACCAUGACCACACUCAGCACCAUUGCUCGCAAGUCCCUCCCCAAGGUCUCCUACGUUACCGCCAUUGACCUCUUUGUGUCCGUGUGUUUCCUCUUCGUGUUUGCCGCUUUGAUCGAAUACGGGACCUUGCACUAUUUCGUCAGCAACAGAAAGCCCAGCAAAAACAAAGGCAAGAAGAAGCGGAACAGACUGCUACGGAUGUUUUCAUCAAAGGCACCCACAGUUGAAAUUCGCCCUCGUUCGUCUGCUGUCCAGAUGAAUAAUUCCCUGCAUCAGCAGGAGCGCGAUGAGGAGUAUGGGUACGAGUGUCUGGACGGCAAGGACUGCACCAGUUUCUUCUGCUGCUUCGACGACUGCCGCAGGGGAGCGUGGAGGCAGGGAAGGCUACACAUCCGCAUCAGGAAGAUCGACUCGUACGCCCGCAUCUUCUUCCCCACCGCCUUUGGUCUGUUCAACCUGGUCUACUGGGUAGGCUACCUUUACCUGUAGACCUGGACGAGCAGACAGUAACAUAGGCCUUACCUGCUGCUGAUCCACUAAGACCACUUGUAAAAACACUAAACAGCAAAAACGUGUACACUUUUAAGUAUGUCUGACAGAGAUCGGUGAUUGAAAAAGCCGUGCAUGUUUUUAUUUCUGCGGCAAAAUUGCUAUGAAUUACUUUUUCUUUCGACAAAGAAAUUUUAUUUUGCGUCUCUGGAGGACUAUUAUGAAUGGAAACGGUGCGGCAACGGAAACUCGCUGACUCGACUCUUUUCUUGCCGAUUCUACAUACUAAUUUGUCCUCUCGGCACUUAAAGUGCCAGUACAGCACUUUGGAGAUAGGUUUGCACGGGAUUCAUGUGCCGGGUACCCAAGGCUGGAUCAUUGCCCAGGGCCACAUCCUCCUGCUGAAGGAACAAGAAGGGAGAGAUAACACAAGCCUCAGCCACCCAAUCUAUUCACGAUUUCAAAUAUAUGCGUGUUGUCAUGAUCAGCAUACCCAUUGCAAUAAAGGAUAUUGAACAAGCUGGAAAGGGUGCUGUUGGAUAAUGAUCAGACUCACACAAAGUGAUUAGCAACAUUGCACAGGUAACUCAAAGAGCUUUCAUCUCAGCAUGC